GGCGAAAUGGCAUUAUAGCGAAACCCUCUUUUGAUAGGGGCAGAAUGUCCAAUUUCUCGUUGGCCGCGUGAAAUUGAUCCACGAUUGAAUCCCAAAAGCCCCAAAGCCCCACACACUCCUCGUUCUCCAGCCACCUCCAGCCCUACUAUGCCUCGCCCAAAGCGCCGCCGGUCGCCCUUGCCGCCGCCGGCGCCGCCUGGCUUCCCCACGGAGCGGAAACACCAUCUGCCGGAGCUGCAGCCUCCAGCGGUGGCCGCGGCGUCUCCUGGCGUCGCUGGAGUUCCCGCCGAUCUUGGCGACGCGCUCCUGCGCUGCGGCAAGCUCCUGGACAAGCUCCUGGAGCACGAGGACGGGUGGGUCUUCGCCGAGCCGGUGGACGCGCGCGCCCUCCGCCUCGUCGACUACUACCUGCGCAUCUCCGACCCCAUGGACCUCGGCACCGUCCGCCGCCGCCUCGAGCGCCGCCGCUACGCGGACCCGUGGGCGUUCGCCGCCGACGUCCGGCUCACCUUCAACAACGCCAUGUCCUACAACAGCGCGGGCGACCCCGUGUACGAGAGCGCCGCCGAGCUCUCCGAAAUCUUCGAGGCCGGGUGGCCCUCCGUUCUCGCGGCGCCACCGCGCCCGCCCGACGCCGAGCGCAAGCGGAGGCUCAGUGGUUUGCUCCCGCGGCUGCCGGUGGGUGCACAGGUGACGGUGGCCGAGAUCAUGAAGAAGCGGGACGGGUGCCUGCGGGAGGUGAACGGGAUGAUGGAGGUGGACCUGGACAGGGCGGACUCCGCGACGCUGGACGAGCUCGACCGGAUGGUCGCGGAGCACGGGGCCGCCCUCGCCGGCGUGGUUAAGGUGAAGCAGGAGCCAUGAGUGGUGGAUAAUCAAAUUUCAGAAGAAUGCUGUUGGCUUCAACAGGACUUCGUGAGACCAUGAGUCCAUAACACCGUAGUUAUCAUAUCCUAGAUAUGUCAACUUUGCAUUUUGUCAGAUGUCAUACCGUUGUGUUUGUAAGUUGGAACAAGCGGGGGUUGUAUGUUGGGAUCAGGGUUUUCUGAUACUGAAACGUUUGGUGAACUAGAAGGGGAAAAUAUGCAAAAAUAUGCAGUGCAAACUCUUAUGUAGUGUAAAACUGAAAACUAUUAUAUGAUACAUAAUAUAUGUCUGAAAUGUCUAUGUUAUUAUGAGUAA